UGUUCUUUUUUAAAUGACAGUUUAAUUUUCUUUUUUUUUCUUUUUUUAAUUUGACUCUCUUCUUAUUUGUUAACAAUUAAUUUUUUAAUUCUCUAAUUAGUCAAUUAACUUAGUGGUGUUAAGUUCUCUGAGUGUAAUUACAGCGAUCAAAUGUCAAUCGUUAAUCUGAGCUUUAGCUUUUAAAUCAUUUUCUUGUGAUCAGCUGUUUGUUUCAUUAAAUUGUGUUUUUCUUGUUUCUCUCAAUUACAUUAACCAUUGUCCAAUUGCGAUUUGAUGUUUGAUUGAUACAUCACUUUCUCCAUGGCCAAUAUCAGCAGUUAUAACACCGACAUGGGCUUUAAUGGGGAAGAUAAUAUUGAUGUUGAUUUUACAAAACGGGAACUACAACAGAAACACUACCGAUUGUUGAAUGAAUUACAGACCAUGUCCAGUGAAAUACCAAUGGAAUAUCAACAGAGAAUUCCUCAUGAGCUGCUCUCAAGUUUGGCUAAUUGUCUUCUCGAUGAUACCAUUUUCCAAAUAGUUAACGGGCUCCGAGAUAUUCAACAAUUAACUGAGAAAAAUUUAUUCGAAAAACGCAUGAAAACAUUAGAAGGACUUAAAGCUAGAAAACUAUCUCUACAUAAAAGUCACAAGGAACAUAUCGCUGCUGGAACCAUGACCAUGGACCAAGUUCGUGAUGCUGAAGAUGCUUUCGAAGUUCAAAUGUGUGAAGAAAUGAGAAAAUUUGAUAUGGAACUUAUCAUGGAAUUGGAUCAAAUUGUCUCCGAUCAACAAGUUACUCUAGAAAGAGCAGGAGUUCCAGGAUUUCAUGUAACUAAUAAACCAAAUGAGAUUAAAUUACAAAUGUAUUUUCUACAAUUUAUUCUAAGUCUUCAUGACGAUGUUCAAAAGUAUUAAAUAAAACAAAAAGAAUUGAAUAAAAAAUAAUAAAUUGCACAGAGAAUUUUUUUCUCUACCCUCAC